AUGUAUCCGCCAAUGCCCCAAGGCAGGUUCCUUUGGUCUCUGGCGCGACCCUGUCGGUUUAUCGCCCAUCGCCGCUUUCCCGCCGCAAUCCUCGCCCAUUCACGCCGAUUCCAUCCCUCGCCAGCAUGGCUCUCAUCCACCCCAUCUGACCCUCAGGACCCUCGCGACUCGGCGAAAGAUACCGUCACCGGUGACAUUCCGACCUUAAAUGCUGAACCAGACCUCGCCCACCGCGAUACCUCCGAGACCAAACCGGCGUCGGAGCAGCAUGAAAACAAGACUGAUAAGCCCUAUGGCUCAGCUCUCCGGAGGGUAAUGAGGAACCGGAAAGCGUCAGCGCAACUAACUGUUCCCGUCACUACGGUACCGGAGUGGUUUCGUCAGCGCAACAUCGUCGUUCACGAUGGGAAGGGCGAAAAUGCCGGAGUCUCGGUACAACAAGUGCAGAUCCGGUCACCGUCGGAUCUCAACGCGGAGAAAGCGUCCUCAGUCGAAAAGCUCGGUCAAGGUGGUGAUGGCGAGGGUCCACCGGCCUCGGACGAGUCUACGCCGCAAGAGAACCGCUACGCCUUGACGGAUGCCAUGUGGGAGGAGCUGUGUGCAUCUGCACGCGCUGGUAUGCGUCUGCCGCCGGCAAGGUACGCCCAAGAACCCUCAGCCCGGAAGUCACACCUGGUCCUGCAGUAUCCGGGUGCAGAUGGGAUCUUGUUUUUGGACGCGGUAGUCAAGAGGUUAGCUCAGGAGGUUGGCGCAGACCUGGUGACGCUGAACGCACAGGACAUCGCAGAGUUAUGCAGCGAACAGGAUCUGACGGAUACCGGGAAAACCGACGCGAUUCGUUCCCUGGGCUAUGAUGUAUAUCGACCUACCAUGCCGGAGGCUUCACAAGAUGGAGUGGAUUCGAGUGAGGCCGACAACGAUGACGAAACUCUACAACCAUUGCACUCAUCAUCCGAUCUUCCGGCAGUUGGUCAACGGUUCAUCCUAGGAUCGUCUGGAGAAAUCCAUGACGUACUAUCUAGGUUGAAGUUGUUCAAUCCGGCAGCGGAUGGCGCGAACGCCGCAUCGAGACCAGAAAGUAGACGACUUCGGCUCGCCCGUCAACUCAUUUCCCCCUCUAGUAGGAAGCCUGCACCACCGGCGUUGAAAGAGGCGGACGGCGACGCGUCCGUAAAACCGACGGUUUCCGAGCCCGAAGCGACCCCAGCCGCUCGCGAUGUCAUCGUCCAGGUUCAGGACUAUGACGAGAUCCAGGAUACUCGCGAAGGCGCCAAGUUCAUAAUCAUCCUGCGAAAAGCAAUUGAAGAAAAGCGCAAGGCUGGAUCCCGGGUCUUGUUUGUUGGGACGAUGGCACAGGAAGCCGCACCUGGUGCAGAUUCCUCUCGACUAAUGCAGAACGCUCCCGAUGACCAGUUUUCUCAAGUGCUGCUUGUCACGCCUGACAUGGGCUCGGAGGCGGCAGCGCGUACAUUUGCAGAGGACCAACGGAAGCGGACAUUAGACAUCAACAUCCGCCACAUUCAGGACAUGCUUCGCACGCGACUGCACGAACAAGCCGCCACACUCAAGGAUGAUCUCUUUCGUGAUCGUGCCUGGCCAUUGGACUCGUCUCUUGUGGAACAGAGUGGCUUGGAGGAGCGGUAUUGGUCUUAUUCCCAAGUCCACUGGGUGUGCACGCUGGCACUCGGCUCUCUCAAGGCUGGUGAACAGUUUGGUUUUGAGCACGUCCGUCGGGGCAUUGAAAUGACACAGCAGAGCGAACGGGCCAAGAAAGACUGGCUGCAAGAAAAGGCGCCCAAAGCUAAAGCAGGAGGCGCAGCAGGCGACCGGGAGCGCUUGCUGAGCUCUUUACGAAAGACGUGCAACUCAUAUGAGAAGAAGCUGCUGAACGGAGUUGUUGAUGCGCAGAGUAUCCGGACCACGUUUUCGGACGUUCAUGUGCCUCCAGAGACUAUCGACGCCCUCAAAACGCUGACUUCGCUGUCUCUGAUCCGCCCCGAGGCGUUCACCUACGGUGUUCUGGCUACGGACAAGAUUCCUGGUCUACUGCUCUACGGGCCGCCUGGAACCGGUAAGACACUCCUGGCCAAGGCUGUAGCCCGCGAGAGUGGUGCCACCGUUCUUGAAGUCAGCGGCUCGGAAGUUUAUGACAUGUACGUGGGUGAAGGUGAGAAGAACGUCAAAGCCAUCUUUACGCUCGCGAAGAAGCUCAGCCCAUGUGUCGUUUUCAUUGAUGAGGCGGACGCUAUUUUCUGCUCCCGGACCCGUGCCAGCAGCCGUACCUCGCACCGGGAGCUCAUCAAUCAGUUCCUGCGCGAGUGGGACGGGAUGAACGACCUCUCUGCCUUCAUCAUGGUUGCCACGAACCGACCUUUUGAUCUUGAUGAUGCUGUUCUGCGACGUCUUCCCCGCCGCCUUCUCGUUGAUCUUCCGACUGAGCAGGAUCGGCAGGCCAUCUUGAAGAUCCAUCUGAAGGACGAACUUCUCGACAGCACAAUCGACCUUGCGGAGUUGGCGCGCCGCACUCCGCUGUAUUCAGGUUCUGACUUGAAGAACCUUUCAGUGGCUGCCGCAUUGGCCUGUGUGCGAGAGGAGAACGAACUGGCGGCACAGCACCAAGGCGAUGAGCCCUACCAGUACCCAGCCCGACGCACGUUGACCUGGAAGCACUUUGAACGGGGGAUGGAGGAAAUCAGUGCAUCCAUCAGCGAGGACAUGGCGUCCUUGUCCGCCAUCCGGAAGUUCGAUGAACAAUAUGGUGAUCGCAAAGGACGGCGGAAGAAGAGUCCCGGCUGGGGAUUUAUCCCGGCUCCCGCGGACGCAUCAGCGGCGGCCGAAGAGGCUGCACGCGUACGGACCUGA